CCGGCCGGUGGACGACACACACACACGAGACAACGAUGUCAAAGGAAGCGCGAGGAAAAGAUGUGAUGGAGGGGAAGAACGCCAUUCUGCUGGGCAUGAGCCAGUGGAACUCAAACGACCUGGUGGAGCAGAUUGAGACACUUGGGCACAUUGAGGACCAAUCACAUGAGAGUCUGUACCACCUCGGUGGCCCACACUGCGAUCCUCAGAGCAGCAUUGAAGGACUGGAGGACACAGAGGGGAAAUGUAGGACCCACGUGUUGCUGCUGGUGGUGCACGGGGGCAACAUCCUGGACACGGCGGGUGGGGACCCGAGCACAAAAGCUGGCGACGUCACCACGCUGGCAUCGGUGCUGGAGAAGGUGACGCGGGCGCAUUUCCAGGCUGCCGCCGAACAUGUGAUGAUCAAGCUAGUGCCAUGCCCGGCUGUGUGUGCCGAAGCCUUCUCCCUGGUUUCCAAUCUCAACCCGUACAGUUAUGAUGAGAGCUGUGUGUCCAGUAGCGUGGACCACCUCCCCCUGGCCGCCCUCCCGCUCCUGGCCAUCGUCUCGCCGCGCUACCAGGAUGCGGUGGCCACCGUCAUCAGCAGGGCCAACCAGGUCUACCACAGCUUCCUGCAGUCAGACGACGGCCAGGGAUUCAGGGGCCAGGUGUGCCUGAUGGGCGACUGUGUUGGGGGGGUGCUGUGCUUCGAUGCCCUGUGCUUCAGCAGUCACCAGAGGCCCGGUAGCCCCAACAACAGCAGUCAAAACAACAGCACCGAGAGCCUGAAGGAUAAUCCAGGCCAGCUAGGGGAGGUCAGCCCGUGCCUGAGCUCCAGCAAGAGGCUGAGCAAGAGCAACAUUGAUAUCUCCGCCCCCAACGAAGGACACAGCCAAGCUCAGCAGCCUCUCAGCCGCAAGCAGAGCGACUCGUUCGACGGGGACACGUCCUCCGCCGGCCAGCACCACAGCUUUUUCUCCAGAAUCAGAACCAGUACCAUGAAGGAGAACGCCGAGGCGCGCGGCAGCAGCAACACCAGUUUGCUGUUCAACCCGGGCCAUUUUGACUUCGAGGUGUCAGACUGCUUCCUGAUGGGCUGUCCUCUGGGUCUGGUGCUGGCCAUGAGACGAACCGUCCUGCCGGCCGUCCAGGUGAACCACCUUCGCCCGGCCUGCUCGCAGAUCUUCAACCUGUUUUACCCCUCGGAUCCCUCCGCCUCCAGACUGGAGCCGCUGCUGCAGCCUCUCUUCCACAGGCUGCCGCCGUUUGCUGUGCCACGCUACCAGCGUUACCCUCUAGGGGAUGGACGCACGAUGCUCAUAGGUUUUCAGUUGCAAACAAUGCAUAGCGCGUGGGAGGAUCACGCUGUUCCCCCCCCCCCCGAGCAGGCUCCAUCAACCCGGGGGCGCAGGGCCAGCUUGACCAGCGUGGACAGCCAAACAUCGGUUUGCUCGGAGGGCAAGCUGGGCAGCACCAUAGCCAACAUCUCCAGUAGCUGGUGGGGCUCAAAGCGCCUGGACUACGCUCUUUACUGCCCCGAUGUGCUGACUGCCUUCCCCACGGUGGCUCUGCCUCACCUUUUCCAUGCGUCCUACUGGGAGUCCACUGAUGUGGCAGCCUUCGUUCUCCGACAGCUCAUGCGCUGUGACUGCGUAAAGACCCAGGAAGCCGACAGCUUGGACUCCGCACCCUUCUCCCCCUCCAGCCCACGGGAGAAGUGGCUUCGGAGGAGGACACACGUCAAGCUGCGGAACGUCACCGCCAAUCACCGGGUCAAUGACGUCAUUGCCACCGAGGAAGGACCUCAGACUCUGGUUGGUCGGUUCAUGUACGGGCCCUUGGACAUGGUAACGCUGACUGGAGAAAAGGUAGACAUCUUUCUGAUGACCCAGCCGCCGUCUGGACGCUGGGUGCACUUCGACACGGAGGUGACGAACAGCAGUGGCCGAGUCAACUAUACCGUUCCCAAGAGCAAGAAACUGUCCCUGGGCGUCUACCCCAUUAAAAUGGUGGUCAAGGGGGACCAGACGAGUGCGGAGGGCUACCUGACGGUGCUGCCGUGGGGUAUGGAGUGUGUGGUGUUCAGCAUUGAUGGCUCUUUCGCAGCCAGUGUCUCCAUCAUGGGCAGUGACCCCAAGGUGCGACCUGGAGCUGUGGACGUUGUCAGGCACUGGCAGGACCUGGGCUAUCUGAUCAUUUACAUCACGGGCCGCCCCGACAUGCAGAAACAGCGUGUGGUAUCCUGGCUUUCUCAGCACAACUUCCCCCAUGGAAUGAUAUUUUUUUCUGAGGGUCUGGUCCACGAUCCCCUGCGUCAGAAGACCAUCUUCCUUAGGAACUUGGUGCAGGAGUGUCACAUUAAGAUCAACUCGGCCUACGGCUCCAUGAAGGACAUCUCGGUUUACAACAUGCUGGGCCUCAACCCGUCCCAGAUUUAUAUCGUGGGUAGGCCUUCGAAGAAGUACCAAAAUCAGUGCCAGUUCCUGAGCGAAGGCUAUGCUGCACACCUCUCCACCCUCCAGUUUGGCCACAGAGCUCGACCCAAAAAGACCUCCUCGGUCCGUAUGGUCCUUAGAAAGGGCUCCUUCGGUCUCUCGGCCAAGCCCGACUUCCUGUGCAAGCGCACCCAUCUGCGCCGGACCAUGUCGGUCCAGCAGCCUGACCCGCCGUGCACCCCCAACCCCAAACCCGAACGUGCCCAGAGCCAGCCAGAGUCGGACAAGGACCACGGGGGAGGCGGGCCAGGUGUGUGGGGGCGAGCCUCCAUGCAUCGUGGAGACACCACUCCCUGACGUCAGAAAAACAAAAAAGAAUCGGAAGGACGGAGGGAGGACGGAGGAGGACGAGAACGAUGGCGUCUCAGUGUCCAGGGCCAAGUUGUGUCUCCGCCUAUAUGUAAAAUGGAUCCCGUGCCAGUAACCCCGUCCAGCCGUGUUCCUCCUCCUGCUUGGCCCUCUGCACCCCUCUGUGCUCGGCCCGUUUUCCUGGACCGCCCGGCGGGUCGCGUCACGUGCUGUUGUGCUCUGUGCCUGAACUCGUACCCCGUGUGUGACCUCGCAGUGACUCUCCCAGUGCCGUG